CUAGGGGAGGUGGAGAUAUUUGGAGGGACAAUGUUUAGUUUUUCCAGAAGCCCCAGCUCCCGGAGUCCUGUUAACACCGGAGAAUCUCCGCUUUCAUGCCAAAGAAUAAAAGUUUUAGCCCUCCUGUUUGCCGAGGGUUGUGUCAAGACACCCCUGCCAUGUGCCUGAGCACUGGAGUCAUGCCGCCGGAGAGCGCAGAGCAGUGUCCGUGGGUCAGGGUUAGCCGGCUAGGUCUGGAUUCCACAGGCACAAAAGACACUGGUGUCUUUAAAAGGGGAAAGUCUCUUACCCAGCACAAAAGCAGCCCAGUAAAUGGCUGAGAGCUGGGGAACUAACAACAGCUGCACUUGAAAGGGGAACUGGUGGCAGAGACAUGAAGCGGGGGGGUGAGCCAGUAGCAAUGCUCCUGCACUCGCCCCAUGGCAGGUGCAUGCUACUUCCUCUUCCUUGCCAGCUCCUCACAUCAUCGGCACCGACUGCGGCUCUGGGACGGCAAUGCCAGCGUCCCUGCCAUAGGGAACCAUACCUUCAUGGGUUAAUCAAAGCAUGCCGGUGGCAGGAGAGAGACAACCCGCCCACAUUCUGUGCCUGCAGCUGGAAACGAAACUUAAAGAGUCACAGGGAGCCGCCUCGGGUUACCACAAGCAGCAGCGUUGGACACGGUCAGCAUGGCUUUCCAGCAGCCUAUUCUGAACCCGAUUGUCCCCUUUUCUGGACCCAUCUUUGGAGGCCUGAGUGAAGGGAAGAUGGUGUUAAUCCAAGGAGUAGUUCAACCCUUCGUGAAAAGUUUUGGGGUGAACCUGCGGUGCGGGAACGGGGACAUCGCCUUCCACUUUAAUCCGCGUUUCAACGAGGGCCGCCCGAUGGUUGUAUGCAACACCGAGCAGAACGGCAGUUGGGGCGCGGAGGAAAGGACCUACCACGUGCCCUUCCACCCGGGCAUCUACUUCGAAGUGAUCAUCAACGUCAAGGGCCACUGCUAUCAGGUCUCUGUGAAUGGUCAGCACUUCCUGGAGUACAGACACCGCCUUCCCCUUCAUACUGUCCAGAUCCUGGAGAUCAAAGGGGAUGUGACUGUGAACUGCAUCAACUUCACAAGCCCCAGUAUCUCCAAUGUGUUUGCCCAGCCAGUCUACGGGGUUCCAGCUCCCACACACAACACUCCUAUGACUGUGACCAACCCUGUCGUCCCAUUCCAAGUGGCCAUCCCAGGGAGUAUCGCCCGGACCCGCAAGAUCACCAUUGUGGGGAACGUGCCUUUCCAUGCAAACAGCUUUCACAUCAAUCUGAAAAACAGCAUGACCGGCAACAUCGCCCUGCACAUCAACCCACGGCUGAGGGAGAGGGCGCUGGUUCGGAACACCCAAACGCACGGCAUGUGGGGCUCAGAGGAGAGGCACCUCUCCACCCUGCCUUUUGCGCCAGGCCAGGCUUUCCAGAUGGAGAUAAUGAACACGCGGAAGUGCUACCAGGUCUCGGUGAAUGGACUGUACGUGUUUGACUAUGUCCACCGUCUCCCUGCCAACCAGGUGGACCAGCUACAGAUAGCGGGGGAUGUGACACUCUCCUGUGUGCAGUACUGAUGGCCCCUCCUGGGCCACUAAAUUCUCACUAUUUGACUCAUCCUCCACUCCACAGCCCUCUCAUCAUCUUCAUUCAACAGCUCCACUGCCGAGCCUGGAGAUCUCAGCCACCAAAUCUCACAUCAUACAGAAACUCUGAAGUCUCACUACGGGGGUUGGGGGAGGGAAGGGCUUCUCCCAUUGUCUCUUUUUUUGUCUAUAUGCAUUUCUGAUACUGUAGCUUAAAGCAGUGGUUCUCAACCUUUCCAGACUACUGUACCCCUUUCAGGAGUUUGAUUUGUCUUGUGUAUCACAAGUUUCACUUCGCUUAAAAACUACUUGCUUACAAAUCAGAGAUAAAAAUACAAAAGUGUCACAGCCACACUAUUACUGAUAAAGUGCCGACUUCCUCAUGUUGACUAUGUAAUUAUAAAAUAAAUCAACUGGACUAUAAAUAUUGUACUUA